AUGAUAAAAGAAUCAUUCAAAACUAUCGAACUGAACCUAAUGUUUAAGAAUGGGCAAUCAAAUCCACCUAAAGCUAAUGAUGAAAAAAGUCAAUAUCAGCAAACACCCGAUUCAUCAAGAAGAAAACGAGCAAUACCAAGAGUAAUUAUCAACAUGGAAAAUGCAGACGUAUUAUUUUCUGAAGAUUGUUAA